ACCUAGAAGACAUGACAGAAGGCAGGCCAGGGGAUUCUCAGCCAUAAACCUUCAGUAGUGACUUUCACCGAGGGUAUUGGGUCCCCACUCAUUCUGGCAGGGUCAGGCCAAAGCACAGGGCUUCCUGCAAGUCCUACAAAGGGGUCUCUCCUAAUGGCUAUCAACUGGAUAAACAUAACUUAGAGGCUCAUAGGCCUGAGUCUCUAGGACCAGGCUGGAGAAAAGCCCAGAGGUCAGCAAGGGUGAACUGAGGGCAAGCCUGAGCCAUUUGCCCUCCACUUCUGCUGACACCUGAACAGGGGCCAGCCUGCCCACAUGGUCACUGUGGUACCUCUUUGGAAGGAAACAUAAUACAGUAGUGGUAGCCACUUGUCUUUUCAAAAUCUAUUUCCUGCUAGAGGUGUGUGGACAGUUGUAGAGGGAGCAGGUUCAGGCUCAAGCUUGGAUACAGGGUGGGUAGGGAAGAUCAGGCACUUGGUUGAAGUAGCCCCCAAGGAAGAUGAGGCUGGAACCCACGCUGAAGAGCACCAGAGCAGCCCAGAAACAGAUGUUGUCAAGGGCCUUCCCCAUGCGCACCCAGUCGGACACCUCCUGGGGAAGGGACAGCAAAGCUGAGUCCCUAAGGAACAGCUGCAAGGGUUAGGGACAAGAGCUAGUGGGAGGCUCCCCACCCUGCCUCUGGCUCCUAACCCACCUCACAAGUGGCCUCCUGCUCUCUAGUACUUGCAGCCACAAAGUUCACAGCAUCCACACAGCAGCGGAUCUCCGGGGCUGCAGCGCCCAGGCUCUGGCAUAGGGCAGCUGGCAGGGGCAAAAAUCCGGCUGGGUCAUUAGGUUUCCUCCAUUUCGGAUGCCCCCAUUGGCUGGGGUCACUGUGCUCACCCGUCCAGGCCCCGUGCCGGUGCCUCUGUCCUUCAAACACGAGCUCACUCCGCGGCUUUUUCAGGAUCAGCUCCUCUGCGCGGAGCAAUAUGCCAACCGACGAUGCGCGCCUUGGCGUGGAGGUGGCCCGGGGAGCCUCAGGAGACUGGCGAGAGCCCAGGAGACGCGGCAGCAAUUCCAAUAAAACCUGGGGCGCGGGCAGGGAUCACUUCAAAGCCACGCCUUCCACUCCCGGACGUUCCUCCCCCACCCGAACCGCCUCCUCCGCGGCUUACGUGGCGCAGCCUGAAGGACGUGGCAUGAGUGGUGGGCGUUCGCAAAGAAACGUUAAGCACAAUGACGCAAUUCAUGACAAUGAGCGUGGCAACCACCAUGACGAAAAUAAGAUACCUAAGGAUUCCCGAAUUCAUUACGUUACAGCACACUGGCUUCUCUGACGUCACAAACAUACCUCAAACCCUACCUGCUCCCCCUCAGUGAGGUCCUACUGCCUCUCCUACCACCUGUGGCGGCCAUGAAGGGGACCCCGAGAUCCCUGGACACUCUGCUGUGGGUCUACCACUUCCACAGCUCCACCGAGGUGGCCCUCCAGCCCCCACUUUUAUCUUCACUGGAACUCGCUGUGGCUGCAGCCCACGAGUAUCUGGAGCAGAGGUUUGGAGAACUGAAGUCCCUGGAGCCGCAGGAACCCAAGAAGCCGGAGAAGCCGCCUGCCAGGAAGCCCACCCUAGUGUUGGUGCUAAGAGAAGCCGCAGCCAGCAUCAUUAACUUUGGCGCCACCUUGUUAGAGAUCUCAGCCCUGUGGCUGCAGCAGGAGGUGCGGAGACUGGACGGCAGCAACAGCAGCACAGGCCUAGCCCCGGACUCUGGGGAUCCAGGUGGAGCUCUGGCUCGGGUAGCCCAGGCUGCCGGGCAGGGGGCUUGGCAAGCUGGGGCUACAGCGGGCGCCAGCGCCAGGCUCCUGGCCCAGGGUGUGUGGCUGUGCUUGUGUGGACGGGGUCUGCAGGGGUCCACUUCAUUCCUGCAACAAUGGCGACGCCAUCUGGGUCUUGGAAUCCCCGGGGAACCGAGAUACUCAGGAGACAUCAAAGUGGUGUCCAGCAGCAGUGAGGACGACGGGGAACCAGAAAAUCCACCACUGACCCAGUCCCACACUGCGUCCAAAUAAAGCCAAGAAGGAAGGAGACUGCUAAUUCUAGAGUCCUUUGGUCUUGGCGUAGUCCCCACCCAGGCCGUCCCUUGGCCCCGCCCCCAUGCGUGCCAGUCCGGGUGUUCUGACUCCGACUUCCACGUUGGCCCUGCCCCAAUGUGGGCAACGCCAGAACCCUUACCUGCCCAGCAGCGGCACACUCAGAGACGUCUCUGGGAUUUUCUGGGCAAUUAGGAACAAGAAGACAGUCUGGGCGAGCAGGACGUUGAUAGAAACCGUGCAUUUCUGACCGCCGGCUAGAGGGAACACCUGGUAAAAGCAGUCCUGACCCCGGGAGCAAGCCAGAGUUUAGGUUUGAGGCUACUCCUUACCCUGCGCUGGUAGAAAGUAGGCGAGCAGCACUAGGCCAGAGAUGAGCACGCAAGGUACGAUGAUGUUAAUGACAUAGAAGAGAGGCUUCCGGCGGAUGAUUAACGAGUAGAUGACGUCAGUUUCUCCCGGGCUGUCAGCGGAGCCACUGUCGUAGUGGCGGAUCAACCCCGGGCAGAAGUCGAUGGCCCACUCGCCAUUCUCUGCAGCACAGGAGGUGCAGUCACUCAGCUCUGGGAAGUGAAGCAUCCUGUGCUGCUCUCUGCAUGCACACCUGACUGUGGAAACCUGUAACGUCUAGCCAAGAAGGAUGCAGCUGUCUGGCCAGGGUGCACUGCUUGGGCCAUGGACACCGGGCAGAAAAGGGCAUUCCUAGUGAGGUUAUGAAAAGAUCAAGCGAGGAGACAAAACUAAAGUGACAAUCAGGAAUUAUUUCAGAAAAAGGGCAAGCUAAGGCCGAGUUGUCGAAAUCAGUCUUCAGGAUGCCUGAUGUGGGGCAAUCCCACUCUUUAGAAUCCUCUUUAGACCCCUCUAGAAUUGUUUUUUUCAGAGCAAGAGGGAACCUUACCAGUAAAGGCCACCGUGUCGAUAUCUAUCUUGUUAACGGUCUUGCCAUCUUCAUCCACUGCAAAGACGAACUCCACCUCUUUGGCACUGUACGUCUGAGAGCUGUGGAACCAGGGCCAGGGACCCCACCGAGGAACUCGGACCUGGGUCCCUGCCCUGAGCCCCACCCUGGAAGCUUGGAUACGGCCUGGUGAUAAGACUCUACCACCUUACACAGACCCUGCCUGCACGCUGUUUGCAUCCCUGCUUCCUUUUGUCUUUGUUUUGUUGAGACUGGGUCUUGCUAUGUUGUCCAAGGCUUGUCUCAAACUCUGAGAAUCAAACAAUCCUCCUGCCUCAGCCUCCUGAGUAGCUAAGACUACAGCUGCCCACCAGCUCCAACCCUAGUUGGAACCCAACUCCAGAAGCCCACCCCAUUCCACCGCCUGGCUCCGCCUCCAGACAAAGCCGGGUCUCAGGGAUCCCACUUCCCCAUUUUUCCCCGCCCCCUGCUCCAGGCCCUUCCCACAAUCGUCCCGGCCUGUGAGUAACUCUUCCCACCGGAAAAUGAGAGAGCAAUUCUGCCAAUCGAAGGGGAAGUAGGUGACCUCCACGGCGCAGGUGCUGCGGUAGAUGGCUGGAGGCAACCAGCUCACGUAGCCACCCUCAUAGAUGAGCACGUUAGCGUCGUAGGCCACCCCGAACUGGCCGUCAAUACUGUGGGCUCAGGGAAACCGUGCUUUUACACAAAUGCAUACCCCUGGUCCAAGCACCCAGCCAACCUCCUCACCCAAGUCCAGCUCAACCCCUGAGGGGGGCUUCCCUCUAGCCUGGUGUCCUGACUGGUCCUUACUUGUUUUCCAGCACAAUCUCUGGUAACCACACGAGUUCUGAAGGGACCCGCAGGAUUUCUAUGCCUCCAAAGUCGUCCUUGCUAUAGUUAAAUCGGUAAUCCUGCCAAUCCUAUAAGUGUUGGGGGACGGAAGAACAUAUACCCUGCAUUUCCCACCUGAUACUGCCUCAGAGUAGUUUGGGAGAAAGGGGUCCCCUGGACAAGACCUCACAUUGCUCCCCAGAUUUGACUCACAAUUCCAAUCCAGACGCUGGUAGUAAGGGUCUCCUCCUUCUCGUUCUGCAGACAGGAGAAUGAAUGAUUGAAACAGCAUUUCAGUGCCAGAAAUGAACCUUAGGACUGAGCUCAGCAGUUGGGGCCAGAAGUGGGAUUUUAGGCUCACGGUGGGAGUGGGGCCAUCUUACCAGUGAGAUGAGGUUGGUCAGGGUGACCUUGAGGGUGAUGGUGACAGUGUCCUCAGGCCUCUUCACUGGUCGACAUUCUCGGUCAUAGUUGUUUAAAAGAUGGUGGUAAAGAUUCAGCUCCUCAUUUUUCCCCUCACCUCUGACUGUGAUAAAGUGAAGAAGGAAGGGUCACAAAGAGGCAGGAGGUUCCUCUCUUCUUUGCCCGUCUGGGUCUGCACAGGUCCCUGAGGCUCUGUACCUUUCUAUACCUGUCUCCUAAACCAACCAUAUCCCACCUAGGAACCAAAUAUUGUGUCUCAGUCUACCUACAUCUUGGUCUCUAUCCUAGUCCCUUCAUGUCAGUAUUUCUGUGUAUCCACAUGCCUCAAUGACCCCUGUUCUUACCAACAAGGCCCAAGAGGAGUAGGACACCAAGCAGAGUCCCUGCCAUCCUUCUGUCUGGUUCUCUUGAGUUAUUCUGAGCUUUGGCAGGGUU